CGUGCACGUGCCCGCCAAAAGGGGGCGUGGCCUUUGUUUACACUUUUCACAAUAAAUUUGCGAGGGAAACGAAUUAAUUAAUAAUUUUGCCGAAUAUCUGGCGACGAUGGCGUCGAACCAGUGCCGAAUGUGUCACCAAAAAGGGGUCAUCGACCUGAAAAACGACCGGUCCGGCGAGGUGAUGAAGAAAAUCUCCUCCGUCAUCACCUUCAAAUUGGAAAUGCGACCAGAGUUGUCGUCGAUGCUGUGCAGAGAGUGCUACAAGCAGAUUUCAACGACGUACGCGUACCAAAUGAAGUGUCUGCGGCACGAGUUCCAGCUGCGGAAGAGAGUCAAGCUGGACAACCCCGAAGUCAGGGUGGACAAUUACUCGACGGACAUCAACGAAACGAACACAGCUCCGAUGCACCAACUCCUGUCCGACUCGGGGCUGCAAGUGUUGCGACAAAACAUAAAACAACUGAACGACAAGGUUGCAGAGUUCAAGGAGGACAAACUCCUCAUGCAGGACAAAGUGGCAACCUUGGAGAAGGAGAGAGACGAGCUCAAGAGAUCCGUCAUGCAGUACACCAUAGCCCUACCUGACAUCACCAAAAACAUCGCUAGUCUGCUGUCGAGGAUGGAGCAGCAGUUUGUCGCCAUGAACACGCGGGUCAUUCCGGACAACUACGUCGAGACGAGGGCCAGAAGCCCCAUCGUGUCCAUUUCCAUUCCAACCAAACCUGGCGGCGAAGUCACUUACGAAAUCGAAGACCAAAUGGACAUUCCCGAUUUUGACCACGACGAUGACGAGAUGUUGAUGAAGGGGACAACCACGAUUUGGGACCCAACUACUCAGAGCUCAAACUUCUUCACAGUGUUGGUCCCGAGGAGAUCAAUUUCCUGAUUGACUGAAUUAGAAUUUUAAGAAAGAAAGUUUGUCAAUAAUUUAAGUAAGAACUUUAAUUUAUAAAUCGUCAAUUCAUUUUUAUUUUAUGCACAAUAAACAGACUAACUUUGAACAAAAUCCUUUCAACUUGGUGCCUCGUAGAGCCAAACGGUGUCAACACCAUUGCCGAACACAGCCACUGGGGUCCAGGUGGGCAGGGGGAACCUGCAGGCCACGACCCUGGCGCCCCCGUCCAGCUCCCUCUGCAUCUUCGCCUCCAACUCCUCCAUCAUCUGUUCGACCCCGAAGAUGACCACGUCCGAGAACGGGGCCAGCGAGAAUUUGAAAAGGUCCGUGCGGAGGUAUUGGGGCCUCGGAGGCGCCAUCCGCAGGGCCCGAACCUUCGAGUAGGCCACCAGCCACGGGUUGAGCUCGACCCCCACGCUAGGAAUGCCCAGCCGACUGCCGAGUUCGACGACCCGGCCGUCGCCGCUGCCCAGGUCGACGAGGCGCCUUCCGCAGGGUGGCUUGUGCGGCCACGCCCUCCUCAGGGCCUCCCGCACGUUCUCCACCUGCUGCGAGGUGGCGGGCACGUAGGGCAGACACACCCGUCGCAGGGCCGGGGUCACGAAGGGCACGCAGGCGGCCGUGACGGCCACGGCCGCCCCGCCGGUCAGUCCGACCAAAAGGUAGCCCAGGUCCAACAUUAUAAAUUAAACAAUUGCGUCAGGGAAGAAGAACUUGAUCUCCUUGGCGGCCGAUUCCUCCGAGUCGGAGCCGUGCAGGGCGUUCCGAGUGUCCGUCAGGCCGAAUCUGCCCCGCAGACUGUCCGGCUCGCUGAAGAUGGCCCUGAAGACUUUGGUCGGACCCAGCAGCCGCCUCCACUCCUUGAUCGCGUCCUCCUUGGCCAAGACCUGCACCUCGAUCGGGCCACUGAGGAGAAUUUAAAUUAAAAAAAAUAUUGUAAAAACAUCUUUUUUUUAACCUGAUCAUAAAAUUGACAAGCCGGUUGUAGA